AUGGACGCCAUCAAGAAGAAGAUGCAGGCGAUGAAGAUCGAGAAGGUAUCGCACCCUUGUUUUUAUUUACAUUCGACGUCAUAAUAAUUUUUAAAAUUAUUGCGUAACAUUUCAUAAUUUGAAUAUUUAGGACAACGCCCUCGAUCGCGCCGAUGCCGCCGAAGAGAAAGCCCGUCAAACCCAGGAGAAACUGGAGCGCGUCGAGGAAGAACUUCGCGACACCCAGAAGAAGAACAUGCAGACCGAGAACGACCUCGACAAGGCCCAGGAAGAUCUGGCAGCCGCCAACACCCAACUCGAGGAGAAGGAGAAGAAGGUCCAAGAAGUAAGUCCCGAGUGCUCCACGAUCCUCUUAUUUUGGAGUAAUCUUUUUAUUUUUUACAAUUAUAUUACUCAUUUGUCGGAAAGGAUGUAAAGGCGAAGAGAGACAUGCGAUAAGCGCGACAGAAAUGCGAAAAAAAACAAUCUGAUUCACAGGCCCGUCGAAUUUUGAAUCAGAUGGGCGAAACAAAAAUGCUAACAGUACUGAAAAAAGGCCUUACAAUCCGAAUUCGGUCUUUCUGCGGCUGACUGAAGGCCUGAUUAAUUCGGAAUGUUCCAUUUAUUGAACAACGUCCUUGUCUGGAGGCAGUUUUCCACUAGUUUUUCGUCAUUGAUUUUUGUUGUCGUUAGUAUAUCAAUAUUACAAAUGCUCAUCCCCAGUAAUUACUGAACCCUUUUCCAAGUUGCUGCAGUAUUAGUAAUAGUGAGUGAGGUCUCAGCUGGCCCGCAGAGAAAGGGAAUUGUGCUCUUCCUUAUUUUGAAUGGCCCUUUUAGGUUCCGGACGAGGAAAGCCCUCAGGGUCGACGGAGGUGAAGAGGCGAAGGAGUGGGGCAGAUUAGUAUUGACUGAUUCAGAAUUCCAUUUUUUAUCUUGACGGGUAAUUCCAAUCCCUCCUUUUGGGAAACCAGUCGAUCUCCGUCUUUUUUUUGUUCUCCAUCGUCAUCUUAAUGUUUUUUGUGUGAAAGAGAAAAUUAAAGGAUUGAACAAGACAAGAAAAAGAACAUCAAAAAAGUUCGGAAUGGGCGGAAAUCAAAAAUAAUACAAUUUAUCCGCUCGAGCCUCUUCCUUUCUUCCUUCUCGACCCACCCAUUCUUCAUUAAUUCCACUGUAUCUUGUUACAGUAAACGGUGAGGAAUGUAUUCGGGAGCGGACCUUUCUCUUUUAUUUUUCUGAAUUCUCUUUUUUACCGAUUAAGGCCUCGAGGGAAAAGGAAUUAGAGACCUGAAUCAGCCCGCCCUGAUAAGCAGGACCUUGUUUUAACAGUUACGUGGGAUUUUGUGCGGAAAGUGAAGAGGAUAGGACUCUCUGGAUGGGGAUUGUUUGUCUUAAGGGACUCGAACAUCCUCGAGAGUCGGUUCCUUUGUCAGUUUCCUGUCUUUGAGAUCGACGGUGCGGGUUUCGAGGAUAGGUCUCGAGUUUUACAGGGUUAAGUUCACUACUUAGGGAUUUCAGUUAUUUCUCAAAAAGCAGUAACCGUUUUGUAGAGGCUUAAGUUUUCCUUACGAAUCUUUAUGACGUUUGCAUCCCUGUGGGCGUUUUCCUUGUAUGAUUUUUGUUGCGCAACUCUUACUCGAGUAAUUGCGCGAUCAGAUCCCCAUCAGAGCUAAUUAAAUCCCUCCAGAACUUUAUCGAUUUGGGUAUCAGAUAAGCAAUCAUGUCGCGUAUGGACAAGGGUGGUUCGCAACAGACAUCGUUGCUCGAUGUCCUCAAAAAGAAGAUGCGGCAAGCCCGCGAGGAGGCCGAGCAAGCCAAGGACGAGGCUGAUGAGGUCAAAAGACAGCUCGAAGAAGAGCGGAAGAAGCGUGAAGAUGCCGAGGCCGAUGUCGCCGCUUUGAAUCGUCGCAUUGUACUUGUUGAAGAAGACUUGGAAAGAACCGAGGAUCGCCUCAAGAUCGCUACGCAAAAAUUGGACGAGGCUUCGAAAGCCGCCGACGAAUCUGAACGGUAAAAAGCGGGCGAUCUCGGAACGCCGACUCAAGUGUCUCUCUCACUGCCAUAAACAUCCAUCCCACGCUUGAGCUUUGUCUUUAUUUGUCCUACUCUAAUCCCAAUUUAGGCCGAGGCUGAGGUCGCUUCCUUGAACCGUCGUAUGACCCUUUUGGAAGAAGAGUUGGAGCGUGCUGAGGAACGUCUGAAGAUCGCCACCGAGAAGAUGGAGGAGGCUUCCGCCAACUGUGAUGAAUCCGAACGGUAGGCUUGGAUGGCCUGACGGAUGAGAAGAACCGGCCGCCAGCCUCGACAACGCCUCAGUCCAGUCCUUGUCCUUUCUUGUUUGUGUCAUUCCCUUUGUCAGUCUUUGUCCGUCCGCUUCUUUUAUGUAAAUUUUUUGUUGUUCAGCCAGAGGAAGUCGAUGGAAACUAGAUCCCAGCAGGAUGAGGAGAGAGCCAACAUCCUCGAAGUGCAGGUCGACGAGGCCAAGGUGAUUGCCGAAGAUGCCGAUCGCAAAUACGAAGAGGUCUGCUUAGUGGCUUUGUUUAUUUCUUCCAUUUCCGUGUGAUCUAACUUGAGUGAUCUCCAAUGUCUUACAAAUUAACAUGGGUUUAUUAACAAACCUUCCAUUUGCAGUGCCAGAAGGUCCUUAGAGAACAAGGUGGAUGUGGAUGAUGACAGAUGCACACAGCUCGAGGAGAAACUCCGCCAAGCACAAUCACUGCUACAUCAGACCGAAAACAAAGCAGACGAGGUAUAAUUCCGAAGUUGGUGUAUUUGAAUACUUGUUGACUCAUCGUUAACUCCUUUUUUAUUUUAUCUAUCCUUCCAUAACCGCUACUUGUUUUGUCGUGUAAAUGUAUGAUCGGUCAGUCCACGGCGUCGUUGAGGUCAGCUGGAAGGUAUUCGUAAUCCGAAGCCUAUUCCCGAUGACCUUAAACUUUGCUAUUCAGUGCCCGCAAGGUCAUGGAGAACCGUUCCCUUCAAGAUGAGGAGCGUGCCAACGAAGUCGAAGGCCAACUCAAGGAGGCCCAAUCCCUGGCCGAAGAGGCUGACCGUAAAUACGAUGAGGUGAAAUGACUUCUCCGUCUAUCUUGUCUUUAACCGAUAUCUUUUUUGAGUAUUAAUGUCAUCUUUAGGUCGCCCGUAAAUUGGCCAUGGUUGAGGCUGACUUGGAGCGUGCUGAAGAGCGUGCCGAAGCCGGAGAAAAGUAAGUUUCCAGCUACUUACCUGCUCACAACACCCUCAUUUCCUAACUCAAUCUCUUUGUCUUCUCUUACUAUCAUAAUCACAUUACAGCAAGAUUGUCGAGUUGGAAGAGGAGCUCCGUGUUGUUGGAAACAACUUGAAAUCUCUUGAACUUUCCGAAGAGAAGGCUUUGGAACGCGAGGAAGCCUACGAAGAACAGAUCCGCCAAUUGGACACCCGUCUCAAGGAGGUACAAUAUCCGUAUAUGUGGAUGUAUAUAUAUAUAUGUGAAACAUGUGGUUUUCCGUUUUUACUAACUUUUUUCUUAUCGUUUCCUUAACAACUCUGUCGCUUCUCCUCAAGCAAAUAGAUAACCCGAGCCAUGUGAUGUAAUUGUAAUCUGUUUUGUAUAGCAAGAUCGUCGAAUUGGAGGAAGAGUUGAGAGUGGUGGGUAACAACUUGAAAUCCCUUGAAGUCAGCGAAGAAAAGGCCCUUCAACGUGAGGAUUCGUACGAAGAACAGAUCAGAACCCUGAGCUCUCGGCUGAAGGAGGUCGGAUCUUAUUCGUGUUUAUGUCAUAAUUUGUUGUCUAGUAUAAUUUCUGGGCGUCUUGUCUUUCAUUUUUUUGUCCUGAAUUGUCCGUCCAUUACAAGUUAAGUAUUAUUGUUUCUAAUGUAUGUAUCUCUAGGCUGAAACCCGUGCCGAAUUCGCCGAACGUUCAGUCCAGAAACUCCAGAAGGAAGUUGACAGAUUGGAAGGUCAGUUUUACAAUUACCAUUGCUUAGUAAUAUCGGUUACAAUGCUACAGCAUGGGUUUGUAGCCUUUACUUUUUUUAUAUUUUAGUGUUAUAUGUCCUAUUUUUAAACGAGUGAAAAGCAACGCUUUAUCAGUGUUUUUUGUUCGUCCGAAGAAAUAAGACACCCACGCCCUGAGGGGAUCAAGGGAAGAGGGAUCGGAGAGGAUCCGGGAGGCUGCGGGGGCGAUCGAAAUAUUAUCCUGGAGGGUUAAGAGAGCAGAGAAAAUAUGCGAAGAAAGAAGAGAGUAGGGAGAGAAAAGAAAGUGAAACUCGCAAAAAGGUUAGCUGGGACAAGUUACCACCUGCUUAGAAUUUGUAUGAAAUUAUUAGAAGGGUACGAUCAUUUACAUCCAAAAAAAAACGUUUGCAUUUUUGUAGAUGAACUUUUGGUGGAAAAAGAAAGGGUUCGCAACUUGACCGCUGAGAUUGAACAGACCGUUCAAGAGAUCCAGGGGUCUUAAUGUCUUCGUAUUAAUGUCCAUGUCCACAUUGUAGUAUCGUAAGUCGAAGGUAGCCAGCGAGCCUUCUCUUACUGUCGAAUGGGUCCCUCUGAGUGUGAAUUUCUGAAUCUAAACUCAAAUGAUGUCAUUAUUAUUGUAUCCCAAACGUGUUGAUUCAACAACUAAUGUUUGGAGUGUCUUCUAAAAUUCGUUUUAGAUGAGAAAGAGCAAGUCAGCAGCCAGUCUAAACAGCUCCAGGACGAGUUGGAUCGGCUAGUCAGCGAGUUGAGCAGUGUUUGAUCUAAUCCGUGUUCUGAGAUAUAACUUUGUUCAACUUUUAAUCACAUUCUUUGUCACUUUCCUGGCAAUACAUCAUCUAAUCACUGUCAGAGCAAUUACUCAUUAUGAUGAUUUUUUUAUCAUCAUUGUGUGUAAUUACUCGUAAGUUUGUGUGUAAAUUUACAUGCCUGUAAACAAAACGAUGUAUAACCCCGUUUUUUCCGAUUGCAAUGUUUUAUAACUUUGUGAAAUCUUGUAAUAAAGCAUAACUCUAAUCCUAUUUCUGUGUUACAAGAAAAUCCUAAUUAUAUAACUUUAGACGAAUUGGUCCACGAGAAAGAACGUUACAAGAGCAUCUCCGAGGAGUUGGACCAGACCUUCCAGGAAUUGUCCGGCUAUUAA